AUGGGGGAGUUGCUCCUCGAGCCCGGUGAGAGACUCAGCUUCCUGGUUUCUUCGCCGGAGAUCGGGGAGAUCGAGGAGAUUCUCAUGGAAUGGGAACGCGGAGGAGCGUUUAAGAACCCUAAGACUAGACGGGUUCUCUCCCAGCCGAGGAUAAUCAUCGACCGAGUCGUCGUUCACACCCUCGAGCACCGCGCCACGGCGGGUUUCUGCGGCUGGGGUCGGGAGCUGGCGCCCGGGGAGAAGAUGACCUUGAGACGCGAUGAUCCUGGAGAAUGCCUGGUGCAACCUCUGUCCAGGAUGAAUCAGAUACUCAGGGGCUCCCUCAAGUUCCGACCUUAAGAUUUAAGAAUCCCUUCGGAACACUGUUUCCGGAAUCUAUUCAUGUAUUUCCCACCGUUCCUACGUGAUGGAGAUAGGCAUGAAUUGCGUCUCCCUGUGAUGGUGUUAAUCCCAUUGGCAACGUUGAUCUCUCAUCUGUGGCAUUACGAAUUCGUAUUCUCUCACGACGUACCUGAUGCAGUAGCACGGC